CUUAGCUUUGCAGUAGGGCCAACAGAGCGAAGAAUCUGGCGAGGCACAGAUAGAAAUUAUACCUCUGAGUUAUUAGAUGUAAUUUAUCAAACUUAUUUUAGAUGUUUUGCGGGUAAAUUAAUCGCAAAAGUUGCAGUCGCGACUCACGGGGCGCUAACUUGUGGGAUUAGUUUGCAUGCAGCCCGACAGCGGAGGCUGACUGCGGUGGGAUGGGCUGUGAGGUGUUCAAGAUGGCGGCGCCCUGUGGAGUGCAGCUACUCUAACAGAGGUGCCUGGAGACUGUAUCGGAGGGUGGCCCCAGGAGUCCUCCAGGCAGGCAGGGACGGACACCGUGAGAGAGACGCUGCCUCCACCUCCAGCACUGCCACCACCAUGGCCAGGGAGCAGCCCAACGUGGGGGACCUCCUCCCGCUCCUGGAGACCGCCGACCUCCACCAGCUAGAAGAGAUCAGAGGCCUUAUCAACGAGCAGCUCAGCACUGAGCGAGGGUCCAUGCUGCUGAACGGGCUGGUGGAUUACUUUUUGGAAACAAAUUCUGCCCAGGCCAUGCAUAUCCUCUCCUCAGUCAGAGAGCCCCACGAUAAGCACCUUCUGGACAAGAUGAACGAGUGUAUGACCAAACAGGCCUGCCGACUGCCCACCCUCACCCUGCUCGGCCAUGUAAUCCGCAAACAGCCGUCCUGGAUCCACAAGAUUGCUCGAUACCCUCUGCUGCUCUCGCUGCUCAAAUGCCUAAAGACGGACACGGACGUAGUAGUGCUGAUAACUGGAGUGCUGGUACUGAUCACUCUGCUACCCAUGAUCCCUCAAGCUGGGAAACAACACCUGUGGGAGUAUUUCGAUAUCUUCGGUCGCCUGGCAUCCUGGAACCUUAAGAACCCCGGACACGUUUCAGAGGUUUAUCUAAUCCACCUGCACGCCAGUGUCUAUUCACUCUUCCACCGACUCUACGGCAUGUACCCGUGCAACUUUGUGUCCUACCUACGAUCCCACUACAGCAUGAAGGAGAACAUGGAAACAUUUGAGGAGGUAGUAAAGCCGAUGCUUGAACACGUUCGUAUACAUCCUGAACUGGUGACAGGAACAAAGGACCACGAGCUUGACCCCACACGGUGGAAAAAGUAUGAAAUCCAUGAUAUCGUCAUCGAAUGUGCCAAAGUGUCUCUAGACCCCAAGGAGGCCUCCUGUGAGGAGGGCUACGCCACCAUGCCUGAGAACUUCUACCCCCAAGUCCACAUGCGACCACAAGACUGCACUUCCAGCCCCUACACGGACCUCCACAGCAGCUACGGAAGCUCUUCUUCGACCCCGUUCUCAACUCCACGGCAGCCGUUACCCCCGCCUCUGUCCUUGCCCCCCUUCUCAGGGACACAGCCCCCCUACCGCAGCCCACAGACUACCAGACGCCAGAACUCCACCUGUGAACUUAACUCUUCCUGCGGGGGGAAGGACCCUCUGUGGAGCCCCUCCUCGUUGUGUGGCAUGGCCACGCCCCCUUCCUCCAGGGGCAUGUCGCCCAACUUAGAGCUCUCCCACAGUGCCUCACACCUUCCCAGCCGCUUCCACUGCACAUCAGGAGGGAAAGGAACGCCUGCCUCCAGCACUCCAGCCACCUCGUCCCCACCUCCCACCCUAUCAGAUGACUUCCCUAUAAUCUCCUUACCAGCCAACACAGUCCAGUCCAGUCCACCAAGAAAGGAUCGUCGACACGGAGAAAGCAGUAAACCCUCUUUGGUGAGACAGGAGCCAGUGAAAGACACGGAGAAGAGCGGGGAAGUAACAACAAACAGAGAUGCAGGAGCUGCUGAGAACAUCUCCAUGACUUUGACAGAACUGUCGGUCUUCAUGAAGAAACAGGAGCUGGAGCUUCAGCUGAGAACAGAGAAAGAGAAGGAGGAGGCUGCCAUCACAGAGGAGCUGCUGAAGAUCACUGAAGACACACAGGAGCUGCCAGGCCUGCGGGGCUUUGAUUCGCCUUUCUAUCACACCACUGAGACUCUGACCGGCUGUCAGACACAAGACAAGACCCUCUCUAACGCCCAGCCCGGAGGCCCCGUCCGGGACACCCACCAUGUUGUAUCAACACCAGACAAAGCGGAGAACACCGCGAGUACCAGCGGUGUCGGCAGCGAAAGAGGAGGGGGAGGAGCAGGAGGGGACAGCAGGAGUUCAGCCCUCGGCCUCGAGCAGCCCUGGUCCUUCCAGUCAGGUUUCACCCCAAUCGACCACCACCUGCACCGGAGCCCCUCCGCCCCAGACGACGAGGUGGGCAAGUUGGGGAUGUUUUUCCCGAGCCCGUGCAGCAAGACCCUGGCCCCGGUGCCCUACGAGUCAUUUUUCGACCUGGCUCUGCCCAGGGCGGCCUCGCUCUUCGUGGGGCAGAAGACGACGGAGGCGGUGCACAAGGCGGCGAUGGAGAGGCUGUUGCAGCGAGAGGAAGGGUUGGAGGAUGGAGAGGAGGAAGGGGUAGUGUCUGCUUCACCACUGGAGGUGCUGGAUCGCCUUGUUCAGCAGGGGAGCGACGCCCACGACAAAGUUCUCAAGAGAUUACCUUUGCCAAGUAAGUCAGCUGACUGGACGCACUUUGGAGGCUCAGCUCCGCUGGACGAGCUUCACACGCUGCGCAGCCAGCUGCUCCUGCUGCACAACCAGCUGCUGUACGAGCGCUACAAGAGGGAGCAGCACGCCGUCCGCAACCGACGCCUCCUCCGACGCAUCAUCAACGCCACUGCACUGGAGGAGCAGAACAACGCUAUGAAGGACCAGCUGAACCUGCAGAGUGUGGACAUCUUGUCUCUGAGGGAGAGUCUGCAGGUGGAGCAGCAGCGAUACAGGCAGCUGUGGGAUGACCGGGAGACGGUGGUGACCAGGCUGCACAGUCAGAUCAGACAGCUGCAGCAGGGCAGAGACGACUACUACACCAAGAACCAAGAGCUCCAGAGUAAGUUACAGGAGUGUCAGAAGAGGAUGGAUGAGCUGGAGGCGGAGCUUCAGAGGUCCAACAACAAAGUCUGCCACACUGGUCACCUCCUCAACCAGAUGACCAUCAAGCUGAGCAACAGUGAGAGCACCCAGCAGCAGAUGAGCUUCCUGAACAAGCAGCUGCUGCUCCUCGGGGAGGCACAUAAGCUGUCCAUGCAGGAGUUACACCACACAGGCGCCGAUAAUACAAAGGAGGCCCAGAUGCUGCAGGUGUCUUAUGGGAAAGAGGUGGAGACGCUGAGGCAGAGUCUGCUGGUUCAGGGUCAGAAACUGGAGGGAGCGCAGCAGAGAGUGGCCGAGCUGGAGACGCACCUCUCCAAGAAGGAACACCUCAUCGCCGAGCAGAAGAAGUUCCUCGAGGAUGUCAAAUGUCAAGCAAAGGCGGAGAUGCAGGCCUCAGACAGCAGGUAUCAUGCGCAGAGGAGAAUCACUCAGCUGCUGCAGACUGAACUCCUGCAGCUCUACAGCAGAGUGGAGAUGGAGGCUCCAGCCAGCACCGCCACCAGCUCACCAACAGGGGGCAGAGCUGACCCACACACUCCUGCUGACUCCAGUGUCAUGGUGCCAGAUGGACCAAGUAAAACUCACACCAACGAGGAGGCGGCCAGUAGACCACCGCACGACUCCCCUCGGGGCAACGGCAGCACUUUAUCGCCAGGGCAACCAAAGGCGAGCAACUCUUCCAAGUCAACAGCCAACUCCAUCAACGGCAGCCAGGACCUGGCCCCGCCCCUGUUGGUAGAGCCCUCCCUGUCCUGCCCCCACGUCAACCCGCUUGCACCCCUGCCCCCCUCUGACGCGCCGCUCACCGUGGGCUCCUAUCCCAGUGCCAAGAGCUUCCUGGGCAUGAGGGCGCGCGAGCUGUUCCGCAACAAGAGCGAGAGCCAGUGCGACGAGGAGCAACCACCGCCGCGCCUUGCCGGCCUCGCCCACGGCCUGAAGACUGAGCUGUGCGUGGAGCCGCCCUGCCCAGCUUAUAUUGCUCCCGUCAGCACCGCACCCUCCCGCAUUCCGACUCCUCCCCCCGCCCCAGCCCCAGCCCCAGCCCCUGCCCCUGCCCCUGCCACUCCUCUCACUGUGCCCACCAAGGAGCCCUCAUCUGAGCCCAAGCAGCGGGCCUUGAGCCAGGAAAGCCCCCGCAGGAAGGUAGGGGCGGGGCCCGGUGUAGGGCGGGGUCAGGCGGGGUCGGGACGUCCCCGGCAGCAGCAUCUAAAGAUCAUGGACUAUAAUGAAACACAUCACGAGCACAGUUAGAGACACAGAACUGAGCUGGGGCGGUGGGACUGAAGUUUAACGAUGGAGAAAAGCUACAAAUCAGCAAAAGAGUAACAUGUCAGCAACUCAUUGGAAUUCAGUGUUAUUUGUUCCAUUCCUGUGGACAACAGGAUUCAGCCACAUAUUUCUUUUUUUUUUUUAUUAUUUAUUUUUUUCACACUGAUUCAUUCCACUGAAGGAGUUUGACAAGGUGACAGGGAUACAAAGUCGAUGUGCUACCAGUAAAGAUGCUACACUUAUGAAUUUGUUAAUGAGUCAAAGAUGCUCAAAGGUUCUCAAACAGGAUGUGACACUGUGAGCUUGAGGUUUAAAGGGUAAGGUCUAUUACAUUUCCUUCUUGGCUCUAGUUGUAUCAGCCAUGCAGCUAGCUCAGGUUUUAUAUGUCCAAAUAUGGAGAAAUCUUGUCAGGAGUUUCUGCCUCCACCCCAACAUGAUAGAGGUGAAUGAAAUGUUGUUUGUGGUGCUCUCAGCAUUGAAACAUUCAGUUUGUAAAACACAGCAGCAACUUGUCCCAGUUACUUUGGAUAAUCCUCAGACCUCUGUGAACAGUUUUCACUGUAGAAAUACUUGCUACUGAAGAAAUGGCUCCUUUUGAAUAAAGUUCAGAACAAGGUCUGUGGGUUAUCCAGAGUAAUUGGGACAUUGUUUUUUGAAAAGACAAGUUGCUGUUAAAAAUUGUAUGUCAUUCUUCAAAGCUGUGAGGACUACCAACAAAGCUCCAGUCACCUCUAUUAUAUUUCGGUGGAAGCAGAAACCUCUUGAGACCGUAUCUCAAAAAUUGGACAAAUAAAACUUAAAUCAUCUGCUGUGGUCGAUACCACUGGGCACAAGCGAACUGAGAAUUUAAAAAUUUAAAAGGCACCACCUCAGAUAAAAUCAGACAUGAAACACCAGGAGAGCAGGAGAUGUUACAUUUGUCUCGAUCAUCUGUUAGGCGUGCUUUGGCACUGACCACGGACCGAAAUAUUAUUUUUUUUGAUUCAUGUCGAGCGAGUAUUUGAGCAAGUGUUACAUCAGAGCGAUGGAAGCGAUCAGUGCGUAGAGAUGUUUGGAUCAUUCCGGGGAAACCUUGAGAGUGUGACCUUAUUGUUGCUGGGCUGAUUUGGAAGACUAACAUUUCCAUACAAAACUCCCUUGAGUUUUUGUCCAAAGUAUGUCAGAGGACGAAUGUGUUUUGGUUUGCGAGUGUGCGAGAGUGUAGGUGAUGGAGUCAUGUUGAUUCUCGUAUUUCAGUGAUGAUGCAACGAGGGAAAUGUAUGAAAUUUAGGAACUGAUGAAAUUUUAUGCAUUUUUAUAAAUUCCACAUUCUGUUGUACCUGUGCUUUUUAAUUCAGCCAUGAAGUGUACUCUCAAGUACAUAUGCUAAAUUUGAAACAGACCUGGCAAAUGACACAAGCCCAAGCUACAAAGAUCAACAUUUCUUUGUUACAGACUACCAGCUGACCAUUUUGGAAGUGCCAUGAAAACAUUUGUGGUUCGGCUGAAUUCAAAUAUCUAAACAGAAGUGUUGUUACUCAUGUUGGGCUCAGCUGUUGCGUGCAGUGUGGAAAACCAAAAAUGUCCAAUAGGUUUUCCUCCCUGGUGGUCUGAUAAAUACGGAAUAUCCUCCUUUCUUCUUAAGCAUUAGAAGUAAAUUCUGCUUUUGAAAGUCAUCUAAAUCCUGUUGUCCACCGGGAACUCCUGCUGUCAUUUCCUUCUGCCUCGCUAUCUAAAGCAUGUUCAACAAUCCACUUUAAAUGCCAACCGUAGUAACUACAGCAAACCAAGACAGAAGGUACAAUCAGCACAAACUGAAGAAACCAGGACUCUGACCGGAGCUGGAGAAUCUGGGACAAAAUGGCAAAAAAGGAAGUUCUUAAAGCAGUGGCUUGUGUUUAACUGUGAACAAUAAAGAUCGUCUUCAAUGUUUUGCACUACAA